AUGAACAAAGAAGAAAAUCAUUAUCGAGUUCUUGGUGUUAAUCCAAAUUCAUCAAGUCAAGACAUUACACAAGCAUUUCGAAAACAAGCUCUAAUACUUCAUCCGGACAGAAAUUCAGAUCCAAAUGCUACAGAAAUGUUCAAAGCUCUUCAAAAAUCUUAUGAAAUACUCUCAAAUGAGAUUACUCGUAAUGAAUACGAUGCAAGAGCAGAUAUAGAUGACGACGACGAUGAUGACAUUAUAUUUACUAACAAUAUGGAACGCGCUCAGUUACUUAUGGGUAAGAAAUGGUCAGAAGAUUAUGUUGCAAAGAUAGAUACUUGGAUAAAUGAGUAUCAACAUGUGAAUAUUUAUGAUAAUUUUCAUGAAGAAUUUAUCACAAUUUUAAAUGACGUACUCAAUCAGUUUAGUAAUUAUUUUGAUAGUGAUGGGAAAAUUAAUAGAUACAAUUUAUGUCAAACAUGUAAACAAAGUUUUAUAUGUCUCGAUGAUCAUGAAUACCAAAUUACAAAACCAUAUAGAAAAUUGUUUGAAGUAUCAUCGAAUUUUCAAGUUGCAAAAAAUGCAGCAUUAGCAGAAAUUGAAAAACAUCUAGUUAAGUCUAUUCAACCCAGUAUAUGGCAGUGGAUGCCAUGUUUAAUGUCAACAGAAUAUGCUUACAUAUGGUCAAGCUCUAAUUGGCAGUAUCUACAAACUAUGAUCGAUCAAAUUAGAGAACCAAUUCAAAUAAUGCAAUCAAAAUCCAUUAUUAAUUUAUCAAAUAUUUAUAUUGAUGAAAAUAAUGAUAAAUAUAAAAAAUGUGAACAAACAGCAAUUAAAAUAGCUCGAGCAAGUUCUUAUCAAUAUUUACCUGAUAUAAAUGUCAUUGAAGAUAUCAAAAACUUUUUCAGUAAUGUACAUCAAUUUUCAGGGAAUAAUUUAAAAUUGAAAUCAUCCGAGACUAAUAGAAUGCAAACAGGAACACGAGUACCUCUAUUUAAUCAAGCGAUACUACCUGAUAAAUAUCAACGAUUGCUUAAUGAAUAUAUUAAUAUCGAUGAUUUUUACUACAUAGUUGAAAGUCCGUCAAAACAACUUCCUGAUAAAUCACAAAAAAAUUGUCAUGACUGUGGAAAACAAUUUCAUAUAUUUCGUCAUCGCUAUUAUUGUGAAGUGUGUGGCAUUGUACAAUGUUUUGAUUGUCAAAUAAGUGAAAAUUUUCCUUAUUUUGGUUAUAUUCAACCAGUAUAUUUAUGUAAAACAUGUUCAAAGCAAAAAUUAAUAUUAAUUAAUAAAACAAUAUGUGUACGUCUUCAACAAGCAAUUCAAAUAGGUAAUGCAAAAUGUGUUAAUAUCUAUUUAGCUCUUCUUCAAUACUAUACUACAGAAGAUUUAAAAGAUUAUUAUAGACAAACUGGUGAGAAUUUUAUUCGUUUAAACAAGUAUUUAUUAGCAUUACAAUGUUAUUACUAUGCAAAAGUAGAUUAUCAUGAAUUACUAAAUAUAAUAAAAAUAGCAUGUUUUCAAGAAGAUUAUUCACUUGCAAUUACUUGUAUUGAAUUGAUCAUAAAACAAUAUAAUAAAGAUCGAAAAUUUUUACUUGAACAACUUAAUGAAUAUUACACAUUGUCAAACUCGUCAGUGGAUCAAAAAUAUAAUUAUGCUAUCAAAAGUUUAUUGUUUGAUACAAUAUUGAAAUCAAAUGUUGAAGAUCUUCUUUUAAAAUGUUCUUAUUUAGACGAAGAAAACAACUACGACGUAUGUCUUUUAUAUUUAUUAUACAUCAAAUCAAAACAUUUUGCAUCAAUCAAUUGGAAACAAUUAGGUGAAGAUCUUUUAAAGAAGAACAAACUUCAACUUGCAUUAUUUUUUUUUCAUACUGCUAAACUUUCAAUAGAUAAAUGGCUUCAAUAUCUAGAUUUAUUAUGUUCUCAACGUCAGUAUACAACAGUAGCGAUAAUGCUAACGCUAAUUAAUAAAAUAAUGCAUGAAAACAUAAUUAAACAAGUAGAUAAAAUACUAAAUCCCAUUGUUCAUUAUCUUACUAAGAUAUUAAUAUCAGAAUAUGAGAAAGUUGAUGAUUGGAUGAACUAUGCAGUAUUACUAAUGAAACAAAAUACUGAUAGUUUGAAAAUCAUUUGGUGUCUAGUAAUUAUACAUGUUCAAUUCGGUAUAGAUUGGAAUAAACUAAAAAGUGACUACUACAUGCAACGUCAGCGUGAGAAAAUUUUUUUAUGCAAUAAAAUGGAACAAAUGUUAGACAAAAAUGAUACUGAAUUGAUGCAGUUUUGUGAAAAUAUUUUUGAUACUGAUUCAUCACUAGCCAUGGAAAUACUUAGUAUGUUAAAUAUUGAAUGGACAAUUGUUGGUGAUUUUUAUUUCAAGAAAAGAAAAUAUGAGCAAGCAUUAAAUUGUUAUCUGAAAAGUAAUUCCGAUAAUAUCGAUAAGUGA